UCUCUCAGCCCCCUACCCCGCCCCUUUCCAAGCGUGUCCCGGGCCGCCGCCGCAGAAACCGCACCAUCUCUAUCCCCACAUUCUCCACGCGGGACGCGCAGCCGGGUCUACAAGUGUUCUUAGAACAGAGACGAGCUAUCUGGAAUAAGGCCAGCAAGUGACCUGUCCAUUUAAGCCACAGAUGAAUAACACUGCAGCCAGCCCAAUGUCUACUGCCACUUCAAGUAGUGGAAGAAGUACAGGGAAGUCUGUAAGCUUUGCAGCAGAAUUGCAGAGUAUGAUGUUUUCUCUAGGUGAUUCUAGGAGGCCUCUUCAUGAAACAGCAGUUUUGGUAGAAGAUGUAGUACACACUCAGUUAAUUAACCUGUUGCAGCAAGCUGCUGAAGUUUCUCAGCUCCGGGGAGCAAGGGUAAUCUCUGCUGAAGAUCUUCUGUUUUUGAUACGCAAAGAUAAGAAAAAACUUAGAAGACUGCUAAAAUACAUGUUUUUCCGAGACUACAAAUCAAAGAUCGUCAAAGGCAUCGACGAGGAUGAGCUUCUGGAAGACAAAUUGAGUGGCAGUAAUAAUGCGAACAAAAGACAAAAAAUCGCUCAAGACUUUCUCAACUCCAUUGACCAAACAGGAGAACUCUUGGCAAUGUUUGAAGAUGAUGAAAUUGAUGAAGUUAAACAAGAAAGAAUGGAGAGAGCAGAAAGACAAACUCGAAUUAUGGAUUCAGCUCAAUAUGCAGAAUUCUGUGAAAGUCGACAGUUAAGUUUCUCCAAAAAAGCCUCCAAAUUUCGAGACUGGUUGGACUGCAGCAGUUUGGAGAUAAAGCCCAAUGUUGUCGCUAUGGAAAUUUUAGCAUAUUUAGCGUACGAAACUGUGGCACAGUUAGUGGAUCUGGCUCUUCUUGUGAGGCAGGACAUGGUAACCAAGGCAGGAGACCCCUUCAGCCAUGCCAUUUCUGCCACCUUCAUUCAGUAUCACAGCUCUGCUGAGGGGUCUUGCCUAAGGUCCUACCCAGACUCUCCUGAGAACACACCUCCUCCUACACCAAGCACUCCAUCAUCUGGAUCACAGCUCUCAGGGAGAACCACAUCAGGAUCCCUAGGGAAUGGGAGUGCUGGACAAGACUCAGCUAAAACCAAACAAAGGAAGAGAAAAAAGAGCACUGCGGCCUGUGGUGUUGAGACUCACAGCGAUGCCAUCCAGCCCUGCCACAUCAGAGAGGCCGUUCGACGCUACGGCCACAAGAUUGGCCCACUUUCCCCAUUCACAAGUGCCUACCGCAGGAAUGGGAUGGCUUUUCUGGCCUGCUGAUGUGACUGUGACUGAGACAACAGGAAAGGCAGUGUUAUAUUAAGUGUGUGGAGGCACAUUUCCCGUACUUCCAAUGUGAAGCAGGAAGAUCCUUUGAGGCCAGCUUGGCCCGUUUUUCAGCCCUUUCUCCGGAAGCCAGCGGUUUACUUGGAACUCACAAAGGACACUCCUCAAAUAGUUACUAAUGUAAGUACAUUUUCUAAUCAUUAUAUUUUACUUCGUUACCUCUUUUUAGGUAGUGUCUCAUUAGGCCUGAUCUUGCUGAAAGAUUCCAAGCUGUCAGACUCAGUCUAUUUUCUCAGCAGGGGGUCCUUUGACCCUAACCACUUUGCGACUUAACUGUGUCCCUUUCCCAAGCAGUGCAGGCCCAGACAAGCAUAUGAUGCCUCUUGUCUCAAAAAUAAUUCUAUACUUUGAGAGCCAGGAUUCAGACCCUUGAAUUUGGGGAACUUACCAUAUGAGCUGAUGAGUCAAAAUAUCUAGUUUUAACCACUUUUGAAUUUUUUUACACAUACAUUUACCCCAAAAUACUCCGUGCGUUGAACAAGCACUUUCCUACGAGAAAAUGAAGCAGCUAACAGGUUUUGCUUCCCUUAGGUCAACCUAAGCCCAAGGUUUGUUUUUUGCUUCAUUUUUUAAAAAGUCCUUUUGGCAAAUAUAUGUCCUCCAUGUUACUGUGUAAAAUUCAGUGCCUAAUUCUACAGUUAUGUACAUCUGCUGGACAUAUACGCUCUUAGACAUUCGUGGCUGCCUACCAAUGUGAACGGUAUUACCAGGUCUAUUUUUAACAUUGUUUUGGCAAGGCUAUUGCUGUGGAAGAAAAAAAGUUCCUAUAGAAUUCUUAAUGAGAAAACUGAAUGAUUCUUUGAAAUGUGGUUGUGAUUCCCUGGCUUAUUCAGCGGUGAUGUCACAGGUGCUGAGAAGCAAGAAACAGUAGACUCGCUCGUUUGCCAGCGCGCUCUCAAGAUGCGCCAGAGGGGAAAUGAAACUCAUCUCGCAUGUGGUUGUGCUGAGCUGCGCUUCCCGCCACUGCUCGGGGGUCACACAGGCCCCUGCUCGGGACAUGUCUCACACACUCGGUUUGUCAUCCCUGUGAGCCUGUGUCAUGGAAUGGUGCGCUGUUUGCAUGUGUUUCUUAUAGAACUUGAUCGGCCCGCUGGCCUUCCUUCUGUUCAUUACCCACAUUUGUCUUAGAAAACAGCCACCUUGUUCUAGCUGUUGGAGAAAGACAGGGCUUUCCUCCAGCUCACCUGAGUCCCUUCGGUCGCUUCAUUAGCAAGUGGCGAGAAGUUCAGAGAAGUCUGUCAGGACAGGAGAACGUGCUCCGGCCUCCUUGUCACCUAAUUUGAAUCCUGGGCCACACUCUUGGGCAGAGGACACAAUGGCUCAUCGGGUGGUGUCCUGGUCAGGUCUCAGGUGGGUCUGUAAUAUUAAAAGAAUAAUAUAAUAUUAGUGAAUGCAAGGCAGUAUCUGAAAGGAAAGCCAACGUCCCCUUGACGUUUAUAAAAACAUUAUUGUAACAAGUGAAUUCUUUCUGUGGAAUCUGUUAAACUAAUAUGCAGUAAAUAUAAUGGUUCAAAGUCAAAAUCCCAUUCUUGAUUUAUGGAUUUACCAAAUUAACCUGCCAGACUCUCGUCCUUCUUGCAUAGGCGAAACUGCAGGACCUUUCCACAGUCGCACUUCAAUCUUUGGCUACGCAUUCCAAUCCCAGACCUGUCGCUGGUACCGCGAACGUUUUCCCCCUUCUCCCGAUGUCGUCUCAACAUCUCAGGAUCGUUGGCGUUUUCUCAAGACUGUAACCCUUACGCAGUCGUUUAUGGGACCAGCUGGUGACCUCACACACUUCCCAACUGUGCUGCAAACCAUUUCAACACAACCCCAUGCCUCGGAGUUUUGAUAACUUGACCUGGAGCUCCUGGGUCUGUAGCAACUUGGGGGCAGCUCAGUACCUGCUAAGGUAUUGCUUCCCCUGCCCCCGGCCCCCCAAAAGGGCUGUAAAAGGUUAGGGUUCUGAGAGGUGGGCAGAGGCUGUGGCACACACACUCCUGGAAGGCCUCCUUUCUCCUGCUCCCUGGCACAUGUUCGUUCUGACGCCUCCUUUGCUAAGGGCCACGUGCUCCAGACCAGCAGCCACAGCAAGAGGGCCCAGCUCUGGGGUGAAGAAAAGAGAUGCCAAGGCAUCCUCAGAAGGACGCUGUCCUUCCCCUCACACAUCAUCCGCUGCCCGCAGCCCAGCUCCCCUGAAGCCCUGGAGGGGCGGCCACGGGCAGAGUGAGGCUGACUCAGAAAUGCCCCCUUUGUGCCUCUUUUGCCGGUAGCAGAACUUCAGUAGCAGAACUUGAUCUUUCAGGAGUCUCUUUGGGAAUCUCUGGGUCUUCUGCUUUUAACAGCUAAGUGAAGCAGUAUCCCCUUAUAAAAGGAAAAAUGCCGCUUCAAGAUUUGCUCAAGACAGAAUGAUGACACUUGGCAAGUCCAAAAAGAAGAAUACUUCGCUGCCCGCUCUCUGCUCCCAGAUGUUCGGAUCACUGAGAAAUGGUACAGCCAGGGUGAGGGGGUGCGAACUGCUUGUUUAUUUGGCGUCUCCUUGGGGGGGGGGGGUUAUAAAAAACAAACAACAAAAACACACACAGAAAAGCUCGACACAAUAAAUAAACCAUUGACAGUAACCUAAGACGAAGCGCUCCUGCGAGCUUCUGAGCCUGUCUGUUUGUUGCUGUUCUGCAAUUAGCCGAGGAUGCUCGUGGAUUGUGCUAACGCAGCACUGAGCCCCUGGCCAAACACCUUCUCAGGUUUUUUUCCCCUCUGUGUUUUGCUAAUCCCUGGAUGAAACAUAAUCGCAGAGCAAUGUUCAAGGUUGGACGCAACAGGGAGGAACUCGGCGUUGGCUCCCACCCAGUGGAAAUAACAUGCCAUUGGACUUGACAAGGCAGGAGGAAGGAUGUUAAACAAAUACACUCCCUCCAGCCUCCCUAGCAAUGGCUCGCUGCUCUCCACAGAAGCCCCAAGUUUUCCCAAGCUGCUCACUCAGCUCCCAGGUUUCAUCACCUGAGAUAUGUUGUAUAAGAUAAAUAGGCGGGGAGGCCAACGAGCAAAAAUUCCAAUCAGGAAAAGAAUGGAAAGAGAAUUAAGUCAUUUAUAUCCAUCCCUCUAGGGCAAAAUUAAAGUAACAAAAGUAUCUGUGUAUAAUAAAUAUAUAAUUAUACAUAAUAAUUAAACUCCAGCCCCUUGCAGUCAUCAUUCUUUUUUCCUUUCUCUCAAACCAGAGGAAAACAUUUCUCCUUAUUGUGAUUUCAAGUGCAGACUUCUGAAUCAGAAGUUCCAGGUACCACCUGACUUCCUGUCAUUUUGUGUUCUGAUGACAGCAUGGGAAAGGGAAUCAGAGAAUGGGACAGAAUUUUCUCCAGUGAACAGAGAAGGCUCUCUAAAAGUACUCAUCUGUUCCACAUAAAGUUAUCUAAAAUAUACACCCUCGCAAGUGUAUGUAUUUGUAACUAAUUUAAUCUUUUUUUUAAUACAUUUAUUUUAUUUAUUUUUGGCUGCAUUGGGUCUUUGUUCCUCCUCGCGGGCUUUCUCUGGUUGUGGCCAGCGGGGGGCUACUCUUCGUUGCGGUGCGCGGGCUUCUCAUUGCGGUGGCUUCUCUUGUUGCGGAGCACGGGCUCUAGGCGCACAGGCUUCCGUAGUUACGACGUGUGGGCUCAGUAGUGGCUCGCAGGCUCUAGAGUGCAGGCUCAGUAGUUGUGGUGCACAGGCUUAGUUGCUCCGCGGCAUGUGGGAUCUUCCCAGACCAGGGCUCAAACCCGUGUCCUGCGUUGGCAGGUGGAUUCUUAACCACUGCGCCACCAGGGAAGCCCUCUCAGUUAAGGUUUACAACAACGCUCUGAGAUUGAUAGUGUUAUUUUUACUUUACAGGUGGAAGUCUGGGGUGCAGAGGGGUUUAAGACCACACAGAUUCAACCAUGGAACGAACUGGAGAUCUCCACGUGGUUCCAGACAGAAAAGCGGGCUCCGAGGAGUCAGGGAGGCAAAGCUAGAGGUUAAAGACAGUAACAACAGCAAAUCCCCCUACUGUCAGGAGACUAACAAGCAAAUAAAUAAUAAAUAAUAGAGCCUGGCCUCAGUGCUCAACCUUUUCCUAAGGAGCUUAGAAAGUGCUCAGAUGGAUAUGGGGAGGGGGAAGGGUAAGCUGUGACAAAGCGCAAGAGAGGCAUGGACAUACAUACACUACCAAACGUAAGGUAGAUAGCUAGUGGGAAGCAGCUGCAUAGCACAGGGAGAUCAGCUCGGUGCUUUGUG